ACCCGUAUCCACCACCUUUUUCCCUUCGGCAUUCAUUUGAUUCGAUUUAUAAUUUGUGUAGAAUUAACAACCGAAAAAGAGGAAAAGAUGACGAGCAGUGAUGAACCCGGGGAGGACAUCAUUGUGAAUGGGGAUACGCCCGGGACGGGGAAACCGCGAUUCAGAAAAGUAGCAAAAACGAAGGAGAUGUUGUCUAAACAAGCGGUUCAAACGAAGAAGAUUCUGUCGAAACAUGCUGUUAAGAUUGCUAAACAAGCUGAAGAACACGAACGAUUUAUCAACAAGGUGACUCAUCUUUUGGGGGUUCUUGGAUUUGGAGGGUUUUGCUUUCUCUUGGGAGCAAGGCCACAAGAUAUUCCUUAUGUGUACUGUUUGUUCUAUGUCAUCUUCGUUCCCCUUCGGUGGAUAUACUACCGCUUUAAGAAAUGGCAUUACUAUCUUCUGGAUUUCUGCUAUUAUGCCAACACAAUCUUCUUGUUUGACCUUCUUCUUUAUCCAAAUAAUGAAAAGCUUUUCUUGGUUUGCUUCUCAUUUGCCGAGGGGCCACUAGCAUGGGCACUCAUUGUUUGGCGUUGUAGCUUGGUUUUUAGUUCUGUUGACAAAAUUAUUAGCGUCCUUAUACAUCUUUUACCUGGAAUAGUUUUUUUCACAAUCCGAUGGUGGAAUCCAGUGACCUUCGAAGACAUGCAGCCUGAAGGAACAUCUCAUAGAAUUUCGUGGCCUUACGUAGAAGACAAAGCUUACCUUUGGACUUGGCUGUUUGGGGUUCCAUUAGCUGCUUAUACCCUCUGGCAAGUUCUUUACUUCCUCAUUGUCAACGUGCUACGUCGGCAGAGGUUGUUAAGAGAUCCUGAAGUCAUGACAUCUUACAGGGAACUUUCGAAGAAGGCCAAGAAAGCAAAUAACAUAUGGUGGCGUUUAGGUGGGUUGCUUGGGGAUCAAAACCGGUUCCUGAUGUACAUUCUAUGUCAAGCCAUUUUUACAGUGGCAACCAUGGCACUCACUGUCCCCAUCUUCCUAUCAUACAAAUUCCACGUGAUUUUCCAAAUACUGAAGGUUUCUGCGUCAGUCUGGAAUGGAGGAAGCUUCCUGUUAGAAGUGAUGCCUAGACAGGUAAUUGUGAAGGAGAAAAAGAAAUCAGAUAUUCAGAUGCAACCAGUACAAAGUCAACAAGAUCAACCCUCAGAUUUAGUGGGCAAUUCGUCUGAGAUACACCAGCCCUAAAAGCUGUAAAAGCCUUUACGAAUUAAGUAAGUCCUUAGCUGUUGAUUGCAAGAGGAGAAAGAACAGGUGAUUAGCUUUCUUUGACAGUCCCUAAGUUUAAUUUGAAAAUCUGUAUUCUUUUUUUGGUUAAUCUAACUUUUGGUUCCUCUAACUUGUCGGCUCCAUCCAUUUUAGUAUCUAAUUUAUUUUUUUGGAUCAAGUUGAUGUAUGCUACUUAACAACCAAUAAAUACAUUGCCCAAAAAGUUCUCUAUUAA